GGGCAUCACACUGCUCGCCCAAUCACCGAGCAAUCAACUUCAUCCGACAGGAUCGUCCCGAAAAUCAUCCUCCGAUAAUAUAACAUCCUCGUCGUUCUAUCGGCACCCUCGUUCGGGGCGAAAGUUCGCGGUUUUAUCGCACCAACCCACCCUCUUCAACGUCCCCUAAAGAGGUCAGACCAUGGACAAGGAUCAGCCAGACUCUCUGGCCACCGUUGCCGUUGGAGGCAAGGAAAUACCACCACCCCAUAGCCACUAUGCGCCCAGUGAAGUCUACUCCACUACUGAACCACCACCGGCUUACAUGAGGCCAGGAACUAAAAGCUCAGCGGUUCAAAUCGCUCGUAUCGUAGCUGUGACUCUGAUCGCGAUGUCCGUUGUGUUGGGGAGCUUCAUUUUGGCCGCAUCCUACGUCCAGGCGCGCGCUUCCUGCACCCCGGAAGCCAUCGCCGCUCUUCAGGCUGAAAUGAAGCUGCAGCAGCAUCAGCAGGAUGCUGCUCAGUCCCAGGGAGAAUAUCUCAAGCAUAUUCAGCCGGAAGCUCUGGUGCAGGACCACGUCGAACCGACGGAUUCCCUGCAGGUCUUGACCAAUUCGGCUGAAACCGAAAAAGAAGUCCAGCCUGAUACCAAAGACAUGAAAGUCCAAAAGGACGAAAGUAGCAAAACUACUGAGAGCAAUGACAGCAACGACACAGAGGAGGAGGACGACUACGAUGACGACGAGUUCCCACCUGUUCACAUCAAGCUUCCACUUCAGUUGGAUCUCGACGAUAUUGCAGGGACCCUGAUGCAGCAGGUACGUAGCCGCGUUUCUUGUGUCGUUGAGCGAAAGAGAGCUGACGAAUUGACCGACGGGUUGAAUGACAACAGCAUCGAUAACAGUACCGAUCCUCAGCGCUUCCAGAGGCUCCUUGGAGAACGUGUCGCCAUAUUCUGCGAGUCUGGAAACCCUCAGCAAGAAGCUCAGGACCAAGACAUGAUGACGCCGAUAAUAGUACCUCUGGGUACCGUCCAGAUCCCAAUCCACCCCCAGGACUCCAACGCCUUCAACCAGUUCCAAAUCCAUUCUCAAUACCAAGUCCCAGACAUGCAGCAAUUGCCCUUGAGCAACCCUAGGGGACUGAAUCACAUUCCUCCUGGUCUUUUGCCACCCGCCUUCCGAGGUCUACCUCAACUCACCGUCGACAUGAGGCCCCCGCGCAUGGAACCCCAGCGACCAAUGAUGGGCCCCCAGAGACCGAUGAUGGGACCACAGCCACCCAUGAUGGGCCCCCAGGUUGAAAUGCGUCAAAUUCCGAUCGAGCUGCGUCACUUCCCGAUGGACCCGAUGCGUGGAAUGCGUCCCCCGAUGCCGCCGCAGCCACAUGAGGAACAGCAGCCACCGAUGAUGCCCUCGCAGCCGCGUCCGAUUCCAGUAAUCCACCCCGAACACCUGCACAUGUCACGCAUGGUGCCACCGCAGCCUGAGUCCUCGAACAACCGCUUCGCCGAACAGGAACAGCAGAGGCCAAUGAUGACACCCAUGAUGCCGCCGCAUGAAUCCAGGUCACCGAUGAUGCCGCCUGCUAAUGCUGACUCCGAACGCUCCUCCUCACCCUUCCAGGGAAUACCCAUUGAGAUCAGGAGGAUUAUCCAGCAGGUUCCACUAGAAAUUAAGAACAUUAUUCAGCACAUCACCAGUGACUCGAGACCCUUCCCGGUACCAGAAGGACAGCGAAGAGAGGUCGUCCAGGAAUUCAAACCGUUCCCGGAAGGCGCUCGGCCAAUACCUCUUGGACCAUUCCCGCUUCCAAUUGAAGUCAGGAACCUCCUUGAGCACGGCAACAUCGAGGGUCGUCGAGGGCAGCAAACGGACAGCAGCGAGGAACAACAGCAGGAUGCUAAGCCUUUCCCAGGACCGGAAGAUCAGGGCGAGGAAGCCGAAAGAAACUUCCCGGUACCCGUCGAGGUCCGCAACCUAAUUCACCAGGUCGUCGAGGGUCGAGCUUUCCCCGUCCCACGGUUUCCCCUUUCUUUGAAGCCCGUCGAAUCUCUCGACAUUCCGGUCGAGGCUCGCACCGAAGUAUCUGACGAGCAGGCGAGAGAACCAAUCAGCGACGAGGAGCAGCGAAGCCGACAGGAAAGCCUCGAUCUCCAAGCGCACCAAUCCCAACCGGAACAGGAAAUGGAAAAUCGUCCGCAUUACGUUCAGCCACGUUCGGUUCGCUCGAUUCCGGAUCCGUUCAUCCAUCGUCGUGAGAAGCGCGUACGUCGCUGCGCUUGCGACUGCGCUUGUUAAAUCUACAGGUGCUCUUGUAAAAGCUCCGUUAUUUCCGGUCGAAGGAUCGGCAUCAAAGAAAAACACGAUUCAAGGUAAUACGGUUGGCGCCUCACGCACAUUGUGUAAAACGAGAUUGAUAACGAAUUUUGAUAUUUCCGGCUAGAUAACGGUCACUAUUAUCAAUUGUGUAACGAAAUUGUAUCAAAUUUAUCAAUACUUUAUCACACCUAGCGCAGAAUAAAUGGUGAGGAUUGCAGUAGUGGAUAAUUUUUUUUAUUGUAAUCACCGUUUAAUCAACGUCCGAUGAAUGAGCCUGGAUUUAAUCAAUUUUGAUGCCGAUUGGUUAAUUUUUUUCGAAUGAUCUUUCGAUGUCAAUAAAAUUAACAUCAAGUAAUAAGAAAAGUAAAAAAGUGUAAUAAAAUUACAUAAAUAUUUUUACGAUAAAAUAAUUAUCGAUACAAAGUGUGGCGAUCGUGAAUAUAUCAUGAAAAAAAAAAGAAAAACGUGGAUACAAAGUGAUACUUUAAAUAAUUUUUGUAUAUUCGAAAAGAAGAAUUGCAAGAAAAGCGAGAAAAAAAAUUAAACUCCAACAGAAAAGAACGACAGCUUCAAAUGAGUCUCGGAGAAACGAAGCGUUGUAAUGAAAUUCCUAAACUAAGAAGAGUAAUAACAAUAUAUGUGUAUAUAUAUAUUUUACAGUAAUAUAUACAUAUUCCAUACAACUAUUGUAAAAAAUUAGUCUGAAUGAUUUGCUAAAUUUGCUUCCUAGCUUUUACCCAUAAAAGGUAUGUGUGUCUUUCAAUUUGGCGCUGUUUUUUUUUUUUUUUUUUUUGUUUUUUUCCCUAAUGUUUUGCCUGUUAUUAAUGUCGAAUAGAUGCUAUUCCGUUAACUUAAACCAUACGUAAUAUACGUAUUAAUAACAUAUUAUAAAAAAUGA